CAAAAAUCACAUCUUCUUUCCAUUCUCUUUCUGAAAACAUUAUUUUGAAAGGAUUAAAUCCCUUUUUAGCUUAAAACCGGUGCUUUAACAAACGUAACGACAAUCAGGGUGGUGCGUUCGUGUCGAUGCAGCAGUAAGCGCGGCAAGCGAUGUGGAAAUAUGUUUCCCGUCGUAUACGAGAUGUGUACGAUAAGACCGCAAACGUACUAGAGGUACGACGCACUUGGAACUGCGGUGCGAAGGAGCGAUUUUGUGCCGACAACUCACCGGACAAUGGCUCUGGCUGUUCCGGUACUGAGCAGCAGCAGGACGCAGAUGGAAGGCGCUUCUGCUUGCUGCAUGCAGCCCGUCCGAAUCAGUUGGGUGACCAUGAGCGGAAAGAGUACGGCACAGGAUCUAAUCAUUCGGAGCGCGAGGGAUUCCGACGGAAGGAAUACCAACAGGCACCGUUCGAUCAUUCCUGGAUCGGAGCCAUAACAUGGACUAGCGCCAUUAUCUGCGGAUGGUACACUAGCCAGUUGUUAUGCCUGUAUCGACGGACCCAGCAGUUUCAGCAGUCUUCCGGCCAGUGUAUCCCUUCACCUUUGCUUCGGGCGGCUUCGGAGCAGGGAAAGCUUUCGGCACGACACUGUGAGGCGUUGGCGCUUUACUUCGGGUUGAAAGCCAAUGCUGGUCUCACGUCUCCGUUUCCCAAAUCAAGCAUCCGCGAUGUAGCUGCAUCAUUCGACAGUCGGGAGCAAAAGAGUUGCGCAUUGUUGCCGUCGUACGCUAGGUUUGUGCCGUUCAAUGGGCACGAUUAUGUAGAUUACACCGAUACACAGCGAAGUGAACUAAAACAUUUCGUGUUCGAAGACAACGAUAACCCAAAAUCGAAUGCUAAUACACCGCCAGCAGAGUUCGCGCCCCGAACAGAUGUGCCAUUGCCGGCAGUUCACCAACUGAGCAAGGAACAGACACAGCAGUCGGUUGAAUCUGUUGAAAGCGCGUUCAAGAACUUAGUUUCCGUGUUGGGCGAGAUCGAGUAUCAGUUGGGUUGCCGGAAUCUUGAGCUGGGAGAGUAUGCUUCCGCAGUAUCCCACCUGAAACUGGGCGCUAGCCAUCACCAUGCGGGAGCCGCAUUCAAUCUGGGUAUUUGCUACGAGCAGGGCUACGGCAUACCCAAGGAUAUGCGAAUGGCCAUGGAAUGCUACCAGCUGGCCGCCAAACGGAGUCACCCGCAAGCAAUCUACAAUUUGGCAGUGUUUCAUGCCCGUGGUUACGCCGGAUUGCGACCGAAUCGGUCGAUGGCAAAGAAAUACUUUGUCGCCGCCGCCGAACUCGGUCUAGAGGAUGCCAUCGCUGCCCUGGGACCGAAGUACAAACGCAGCCGGAAGAACUCUGCUAAAGAUGACUCGAUAACCAGCGCACGUAAUGCUGUCAAAGGCCUACCAGCGUUCAAAUUGUCGUUGCAGAACUUUGAUCAGUUCCCUAAGGAUUCGUUCAAAGCCGAGAGGUUGAACGAAAUACAAAAUCUGGUUGCUGCUUCAGGAUAAAUCAGCCAGGUGAAGGCCACCAGCAAACUUGUUAGUUUAGUACCUGCCGGAUUUCUUUCUUUUGCGAAGAGUGUUGCUGUUUUGCUUGACGUCAGUAAUUUCUUAUUGUUUGUGAAUGCGUUUCGUUAGGGAUGAAAUUGGCGAUUCAUUUACGGAUAGACGAUUUAUCAUGUUAAGCUUAUCCGUGUGAUUGGUGUUCUUAUUGCUAUCUUCCCGCGAGCGAGGCGACAUUUGCAGACCAUACGAUGAAUACGGUUCUGGUGUGUGGUGUUUGGGCUAUUCUUUGUUUUUAUUUCUUAAAUUCUUUUUCUGAUCAAAGAUUGGAAAAACGAAAGCAGAGAAACAAAUAUGAAAAGUGAAAUUUGCUUUGAUUCGUGCUACUCUGUCCGGGAACGAAAGUUUGUGUGAUUUUUAUGAAAUUAAAACUAGAAACGAUCGUGAAACUAGUACCAAUAAAGUAUUGUUCUUCAC